AUGGCUCCUCAUGCUCUGAUAUCGCUCGCUGGCGUGUGCCUGCUCAUCCGGCAGGUCACGGGUGACCCAGUCGCAAUCUCUCUGAAUUGCUUGACCGAGCUGAACCAGGCCAGGGCCGCCGCCGGCCUGGCAAAUCUUACUCAGGAAGAGGCGUUGUUGCCUAUUAAUCAGCCGGUGACUGCUGCGGCGCCGAAGGGCCCUGAAGCAGAACCGGCAGACUUCUGGACGAAACUCUGCGAACAAGUUACAGGGGCUCCUGCUCCCCAGACUUCUUCCGGAGAAUCUGCUCCAAAGGGCACAUACGCGUUUUUUCCAACAUCAGAAAGCACAGGCAAUUGCGCCGCUGCAGUGGAAUACUGGAAAGGAGGUUAUAGCCUGUUUAGUGACAAACUGCCCGAGAAGUACAGCGAUGCCAAACCCGGCACAUAUGGGAACGAGAAGGCAGUCUCCUUCGUUGCCCUCUUCAAUCCCAAGCCCAAUCCAACCGUCAGCUGCGUUUUCGUCAAGUGCCCAGCGGGUACAACUAGCUCUUCAACAAAAGCAACUGAAAAGGACAGUGGCGGUGGUGUAGGGGGAAGACGGCUCCAGGAUGCAGAUGGAAGUAGCACUGUUAAUGCCGUGAUUUGCCUCACGGCUCCAGAGGCGUUGGUAAACGACGAAGCUCCAUUCAGUCAAGACGUAUGGAACAAAAUUGCAUCAGCAGUGUCGAAUGGAACCUCAUCGGCUGGAUCUACUGCUCUGAUUGCACUUGCGGCAGUAGCCCUGUCCGCCUCUGCUGUUCUUCUUUGA